CAACGGUGGCUUUUAAACACGUUGAAGUGUUUGACUUAAGAUGUCGAAGUUGUACUUUUACAUGGUUAUGUGUUGUUUUCGUAGCCUUCUGAGAAAUGGCUCUAGCUAUUGUCUAGAACUCGCCAACAGGCUGCCAAGUGACGACUGCAUUGAAAAAUAGAAGGGAUACAUUUUGGCUCCAGUCAAUGCGGAUGUUAUUGCAUCUGUGACGGAUGACACGAACAGCUCUCGGUCAAAAGCAAUGUCAGAGAGUUCGGGAAACAAUAACAGUAGAAUAGAAACUUUGUAACCAGUUUCAAAUUGUUUCAUCUAACCAUUCGUUACCACGGAUACGAUGUAUCGCCGCUUGACUCCGUUGAAAAAGAAAGUUUCUUCACCGGAGAAUGUUGGGAAUUGUUUCCCUUAAAGCGACAGAGUACUUGUACACUGUGUCUGGUUGGGUAGCUGACUACUUGAGGGUGUACUGUCUCUUUAAGAAAAACGGGCAUCCUCUCUGUAGCGUAGGUUAGACAAACCGGUGACUUUUUCAGUUUUGACGUUUGCAAAAACAACCUGCAGAAAAUAAAUUGUCGAGCGGCGACCUUUGAGUCUGGCUAGCUAGAGCCCUAGGAGGCAGUUCCUCAGCCCGGGGUGGCAAUUGGCUGCGCGUGCACUCACUGCGACUCCCCUCUUGUCUCUCUCUCGAUCCAUUUCCUAUCACGCGUUCUGUAAAAUUGCCUACACACACGCGCACGAUGUGGUUUGCGUGUGUAUGCGUGCACCGGAACCCAAAGUCCGUCGGUGGCGUCUUCAAAUUUGAAGAUUAACGAGGUUAUCCUCCAUUCGACCCGCGGAGAGAGAAAGAGGGGACCAGAAAGCACAGACUGCUGCGCCGACCUGUUUGCGUGUCGAGGCGGAAAGGGAGCUUGGCUCUGGCCAGCUGCGUUGUUGGACUGGAUCGAAUUGGACUCAGCGAAGAGCAGUAGGACUAUAUAAAGACAGGAGGGGAAAUAUGAGCGAUAAACGGAUGUCGCGGUGGUAUUUUGGGGUCGCCUCCUGUGGGGCUGCCUGCUGCACCCAUCCUCUGGACCUCAUCAAAGUCCACCUGCAGACCCAGCAGAAGGGGAAGAUGGGGAUGGUGAGCAUGGCCAUGCAGGUAGUGAAGAACGAUGGAGCUCUGGCUCUGUACAACGGACUCAGCGCAUCACUCUGCAGACAGAUGUCCUAUUCUCUAACUAGGUUUGCUAUCUACGAGACAGUCAGAGACAUGUUGAGCAGCAGUAACCAGGGGCCCAUGCCUUUCUACCAGAAGGUGCUGCUGGGGGCCUUCGGAGGUUUUACUGGCGGGUUCAUUGGUACUCCUGCAGACAUGGUGAACGUCAGGAUGCAGAAUGAUGUUAAACUUCCCCCAGAGCUGAGGAGAAACUACAAACAUGCUGUGGACGGUCUCUUCAGGGUCUUCAGAGAAGAGGGGGUGAGGAAGUUGUUCUCAGGAGCCACCAUGGCCUCCAGCAGAGGAGCUCUGGUCACCGUGGGACAGUUGGCAUGUUAUGACCAGGCUAAACAGCUGGUGCUGUCUUCAGGCUUCAUGGGCGAUAACAUCCUCACACACUUCCUGUCUAGCUUCAUCGCUGGAGGCUGUGCUACAUUCCUGUGUCAGCCUCUAGAUGUGAUGAAGACCAGGUUGAUGAACUCUAAAGGAGAAUACUCAGGUGUGAUACACUGUCUGAGAGUGACGGCUAAAGAAGGACCCAUGGCCUUCUACAAGGGUCUUGUUCCUGCAGGGAUCCGUCUGAUUCCUCACACGGUCCUCACCUUCAUCUUCCUAGAGCAGCUCAAGAACAACUUCGGCAUCGUCAUCAUCUCCUGAGCAUGCUCCAUUACCUACGACCUUUACCCUCUAAACCCCUGUCCCCUGCAGACAUCAACCAAUCCCCUGUCACUGCCACGGUGCCACACCCCCCCCAUGGCCCUGAGCUGUCCAAUCACACAGAGAGGUGGAUGUAGGGAUGGAAUGUCUGCUAUGCUAUCCUACCCAGCCCUCUUUCACCUGCUCUGGAAAUCAACCAAUCACCCGGGGAAAAGACUACGAAGGAACUGCCUACACCUGCACCAUCACAGCCUUGUCCACAGGAAGAGUUGUCAUAGCAACGCCAGUCAAACCCUGCUGUGACAUCAUCUUCAUGUCUCUGUCAUCAUCAAUAGUGCCAUUCUCAAUGGGGGCUGCGCCUCAAAUCAUACACUAUUCCCUAUGUAGUGCAUUACUUAUGACCCUUAAUCUGUAGUGCACAAAACAUGUAGCUCUGGUCAGAAGUAGUGCACUACGUAGGGAACAUAGUGCUACCUGAGUUCACUCCCUAAACGGUGUUAAUGUGUUUAUACUGUAGCCUUCCACCAUCAUCAUCAUGUAUGUAUCACCCAAACCUGUUCCAUUCCACACCACACCAGUCCUCAUGUAUUACUAGCAGUGUACUAGUUGUAGUAGUAUGUAUUACUAGUUGUAGUAGUAUGUAUUACUAGUUGUAGUAGUAUGUAUUACUAGCUGUAGUAGUAUGUAUUACUAGCGGUGUACCAGCUAUAGUAGUAUGUAUUACUAGCUGUAGUAGUAUGUAUUACUAGCUGUAGUAGUAUGUAUUACUAGCUGUAGUAGUAUGUAUUACUAGCUGUAGUAGUAUGUAUUACUAGCUGUAGUAGUAUGUAUUACUAGCUGUAGUAGUAUGUAUUACUAGCUGUAGUGGUAUGUAUUACAAGCAGUGUAGUAGUAUGUAUUACUAGCAGUGUAGUAGUAUGUAUUACUAGCAGUGUACCAGCUGUAGUAGUAUGUAUUACUAGCUGUAGUAGUAUGUAUUACUAGCUGUAGUAGUAUGUAUUACUAGCUGUAGUAGUAUGUAUUACUAGCAGCGCAGUAGUAUGUAUUACUAGCAGUGCAGUAGUAUGUAUUACCAGUAGUGCAGUAUGUAUUACUAGCAGUGCAGUAGUAUGUAUUACUAGCA